AUGAGUCUACUAGAAACGAAACGCAUUUUGGCCAUCCAGUCAUCGGUUUGUCACGGUUAUGUUGGUAAUCGUUCUGCUACAUUUCCCUUGCAACUUUUGGGUUGGGAUGUGGAUGUUAUACCUACCGUAGAAUUGUCAAACCAUGCAGGCUACCCAAUUGUUAAAGGAAGAACGUUAGAUGCCUCUAAUAUUAUGGACUUAUACCAGGGCAUAAGCCUUGCUAAUCCAAAUGGAUACAAUUGUCUUUUGACAGGCUAUUCAAGAGGAAAAGAAUGCGUAAAAACUAUUUUUGAGAUCGCGAAACUUGUAAAAGAGAAAAGCCCGAAUGUCAUUUGGGUGCUAGAUCCAGUCUUGGGAGACAAUGGAAAACUUUAUGUCGAAGAAGCAAUACUUCCUUUAUAUCGUUCCAUGUUGCCUUACGCGGAUCUAAUUACACCUAAUGGGUUUGAAGCCGAAGUUCUGACAGAAAUGCCAGUAAACUCAUUAGAGUCUGCCUAUGAUUGUAUUCAGGUUUUGCACAAGACCUAUCAUAUUCAACAUGUAGUAAUUUCCUCAUUCUUGGCAAUAGAGGGAAAUAACCGGAACCUCUAUUGUUUUUCUUCUUCAGUUGGCUCAAAGCCAUUCUAUGUGAAGAUCCCAUUCAUCGAAGGAUUCUUCUGCGGAACAGGAGAUCUGUUAACAGCUUUGCUCGCAGCCCAUAUCGCUUCCAAUGAUUUUAAAGAAGAUCCGGAUCCUUUCAAAAAAGCAGUAGAAACUUCUUUAAGCUCUGUUCAUGAAGUAGUACAACGAACUGCUUCUCAUGUUGAAUCUUUGAGUAUGAAAGAACAUCAUCCAGCACAUUCGGAGCUUUCGAUCGUAAAAAGUCAACGCAGCAUCCUUUCUCCCUCAUUUCCGUUAACUGGUAUUUAUUUCAAUAGAUCUGAAAACGCUUUAUAA